AAUUACUACAAAAUCGUUAGCAUGUUGGGGGUGUACGAGAACUAUAAAUGAGGAGCCUCAACAUAUCGGACACACAACUUCGAAAGCUGCGUGGAUACGUUAGUGUGCCUCUCCAAUCAAACCUCUGUAAGAACGUCCUCAGCACUAUUGUCAUGUAUUAAAAGUACGUGCAGAGGAAGUGCAUAGGAAGAACAGAAAGACUUUCUUGUAAAGAAAAGUUAGCCUGCAAUAUUUUAACAGCAGGUCCAAGGAAACCAGCAUCACUAUGAGGUCUGCCUGCUUGAUUCUUCUAGUGUCUCUCACUGUUUGCAAUCUCACUGUCAAUCUGGGACAAAAUAUCCCUGAUGAAAGCGACAAGGAAGAACGAGUGCCCUUAGAUGAUAUACUACAGAGAGCACAGAACAUCAUCUUCAGAUCUCUACUGAAAAAGAUCGAAGAUGAGGACAAACUUAAUGAUCAGGUCUCUUCGCAACAGGAGUGGCUUUCUAAGAGGCAGCAUCCUGGCAAAAGGUACCAAGAAGACAUUGAGAAAAGGCAACACCCGGGCAGGCGCGAGGAGGACGAAGAUUUAAGAUACCCCGACUUCGAGAAAAGGCAGCAUCCCGGCAGACGGGAGGAGGACGAUGACUACUUCGAGGAGCAAAAGCGACAGCAUCCUGGAAAACGAGAGGACGAAACAGACGAUUAUGUGGAACUGCAAAGGCGUCAACAUCCGGGUAAGCGGUCCCUGAUGGACCAGUAUUCCGACGCCACAGAUUCUCAGAUGGGUUACCAAAGUGACAUGUCCAAAAGACAGCACCCAGGUAAACGCUACCUGUCGUACAAUAAACGACAGCACCCGGGCAGGAGAGAACUGGAGAAUGAACUCGAUGCUGGGGACCUACAGGACUUGGAGAAACGGCAGCACCCCGGGAAGAGAUAUUGGGACAUCAAAAGCCCAGAUUAUAUCAACAACCUUCCCUGCGAUAUCAAAGACCCCGUAAAGUGCAACAAGGCUAGUCUGUUGCUAGAGCUGCUUGAUAACGUCAACAAGAGCAGAGCUGAAGAGAAGAGACAACACCCAGGCAGGAGGUUCGCUUUUGACGACGAUUUGACGGAUCAAGAGUAAAAAGGCAGAGGCAAAAGAGGGAGAGUACUGUAAUGUAAAGAAAAUACAUGCAUUCCUAUAAUAAAGAUUAUUUGGUAUUUGUUUAAUUUAAUGAUUGAUUUACCCUUUUUCUCAGACCACCUGAUUCAGUUUCUCUGGCAAUCCGAUUAAUCACUAGAAAGUACAGUAAUUAGGGUGAGCGGUAAGAAGCUUUAAAAAGUUAAAUUGAAAGAUUAGUUUUUGUAACCAUAUUGCCAUGAAUUGAGACUAUUACAGAUAACCACUCAGACAUACCCUGUAAAUGACAGAAAAUGUAGUUCUGCACAGACGUUUUUUCAGUGAGUAUAGAACAAAUAUUUUACAACACAGCUUUCGUACAGAGCAGUUCUCAUACAUAGUACGUAUUCUCGCGUCAAACAUCAUAAUAAUAUAAACGGAAGUUAAAGGAUAUUGCGACGACAGGAGGGCGUUUGUGCAAAAACCUGGUCAGUAAUACGGAAUUUAUGCCAUCCAUUGGUUAACUGGAUUGAUUACGCAGAUCAGAAAUUUUGGAUUUGAAUAUUUGAAUUGAGUAGGGUGUUGCGCAACACAAUACUGCUGCCAUUUCUUUUUCACUUUGAUUUCAAUUGCCAGUAAAACUUUAUCAUCACAUGUGGCCUACCUAUGAAAUAAAGUGUUUCGGAAAGUAAUACAUAGACCUAGUUUUCGUAUCUGUGUAUCUGAUUUUCUCACUUAGCUUUGACCGGUGUUAAAUGAAAUUUCAACCGCAUAAAAUACAAAUUUGCAAUGUUCCUGGCAAAACAAAAUGGGUCCCCAAAUUAUUUUUCUACACAAAAGCUCCUGUAUGAUUUGAGACAAAUGUUUAUUCUGUAAAGAAUUAUUUUAGUAAAGCUAGAGCUUGCUUUGUAAAUGACGACUGAACUAUAGUGACAUUAUGUACAAUAAAAUGAAAUGCACACAUACUGUAUUGACAGAUGUGACAUUCAAAGGAUUGAAUAACCAGCCUCAUGUGUUUCAUUGUUUGCUUUACCCAUUUUAGUUAGAAAUUACAGAGAAUUAAUUUAUUCUUAAAAUACACUGAAAGUGUAAAAAAAGCACAGUCAAAUUGAUCAGCUCUCCAUGAGGUGACACAAUGAUUUUACGAGAUAAUUAUCAUUCUGUUAAUCUGAUGACCUUUCUCAAAAGCAUUAAAGCAAAACAAAGAGGCAUGCAUACUGGGAUUUGGUGAAUCCACCCCUCUAUGCUGGUAUGGUGAUAUUAGAAUCUUUCUCUAUUGCUUCACAUCAGCAAAUCACCAGUAAUAUGUUGUAAGUAUUCAUCCAAGCUUCACCAACAGGGUACCUACAAUGUUAUAACUUGCUUCUACCUCUGUGAGAUGUGUUCCUUAAUUGUCUGCAUCUUUUAAUCUCUGUAUCUUUCUGAUUAAAUAAUAAGCACAUCUGCA